GUUUAUUUGUAGAAGUUUUUUAUUUAAUCAAGCGGAUAUGUCUCUCGUUGCAAAUUCAAACAUCACAAAACAAAAACUUUUAAAGGAAUGCUUAGCCCAAGAACAAGAAAUACAAAUACACGUUCUGAGAGCAUUCAAUUUAACAGAUCGGAGCGCCUCUUUAUUGACAGAAGAAAUAAACGACGAAGAUAAUAUAGCUGGAUUCAAAGUAAGGCCUUUGAGGCCGUUUGUAAGCUUAAGUUAUCGUGGCGUGUCUGCUCAAACGUCGACGGCUAUUGGUUGCCACCCAACCUGGAAUUACACUGUUAAACUUAAAGCUAAAUUUGAACCACUAUCGUCUAUCCAUAUAAACAUAUAUGAUGAAUGCAAAGACAAUGUAACUGAAACGUAUUCCGAAGAUAAAUCCACACAAAGUACAGUUCAUUAUAGAAAAACUAACAAAUGGCUAGGAGCGAUAAGCGUCCCUCUGCAUACUGUCCUAAAUUUAGGCAGUGUAUGUGGAACGUUUAAAAUAAACACGCCACCUAUGGAAUUUGGUUACGAAAGUAUGUCAUCAAAAGAUGACCAAGCUCUCGUUCCAGAAGUAAUGCAGCUUAUGAGACAAGAUACGUCACUUUUAGCUAUUCAAAUUACGACCACUCUUUCUCAUUUGGGGGGGUGCCAAACGUAUUGUCAGCCAGUACCAACUCAUCCUCAAGAUGACUUUAUUAUACAACACUUGAAUAAAUUCGUCACUGACUAUGUCAAUGAUUAUCCGACGAGAAAUAUUUCGUUAACAUUCAUAGACAGUGGUGGUAGAAAUAAGUGUGUUGCAGAGUUUCUCCAAUCUGUACCCAUACCUGUUUACGAACCAUCAGACCCCAAAAAGGCUGAAUCAGCACUAUCAAAAAGUUCAGGUCAUUCGAAGAGUUCCUCUUCAAAGAGCAGUGGCUUCGAAGCUUGGAGGAAUGAAGGAAACGAACUAGCGAAGAGUAUAGAUGCAGCAGUAAGAUAUGUCUCGCUAAUACCAACGUAUGAUGUCUCGGAAUCUCACGUUGUCACGUUAAUGGGAGUGGAAUUGUUAAAAGUUCUGUACGGUUCUCCAUUGGACCACACCAUUCUAUUAGCGAGCUACUUUAUUAAUUUGGGAAUUAAAUGUUGGGUCGUCAUUGGUUUUGGUUUACCUCGCGGUCAAAGCAGUUAUGUUCUGGUCAAGUACUUGAAAAAUAAAGUGCUCACAGUUAACGACCAGAUAAAAACUGGUGGAAUAUUUAAAAAAACUGACGGAUAUAUUUGGUAUAUAUAUGAUGCGGCAUCAGGUGAAAGAUUUGAAUUGAGAGAAAUUGGAUGUCCCCUGAAAAUUGUCAGUUACGUUUUUGAUAGUGAAAAUAUUUGGGUAAAUACGCAAGUAUCACAAGCCUGUGAGAGAAUGUCGUUUGAUUUUUCUAUUUCAUCAGAUUGGCAGAAUGUAUUUAACAAACCUCUAUUUGUAACAAGACCGAUAACAAUUGACAGUUUGUACAGCAAACCGGGCGAUGUGGAAAAUCUACGAUUAAAUUUAGAAACAAAGAUUAAGACUAAAAUACAGAAGUGGCGGUCACACAUUAAAACGAUAUGGAACAGAUAUUGCAGUAGUCUGUUAAAAGAAAUGCUUCCUCAUUACGAGUAUUGGGCUUUUAAUCCAUUGGAAGCUCGACCUACCCUUGGAAAUAGACUGAAACAACUAACAGCUACUUACAAAAUCUUCGGAUUCCCGCUCAACAUGCCGUAUAUAAACGCAAAGCUUAUUAUCUCCAGCGUUAAAUCUACAUCAAUACACGUAAACGACGAUCCUAAUGUCGAGUUUGGCCUCGCCGUCGAGGUAUACGCGUACCCUAAUAAUGUUUUAAGCGUAUGGGUAUUUUUAGCUUGUAUCACAAGAAUAUAAAGU